AUGGCCUCUUACGUGUAUUUCAAGUUCAAAUCACAAAAAGAACCGCAGCGCGUAACGAUCGAUGGUCCUCAUACCGAUGUCUGGAACCUGAAACGUGAAAUCAUCAACAUUUCUCGGCUAGGCGAUGGUACAGACUUUGACCUGAAGAUCUACAAAGAGAACAGCAAUGAAGAAUAUACCGAUGACACAGAAAUCAUUCCCAAAGAUUCGACUGUCCUUGCUCGAAGAUUACCUGCCUCGGCGCCUGGGAAAGGGCGUGCUGCUCGCUAUGUCUCUGGUAAACCGCCUGUCAGUGCAAAGCCCACGGUUACGAGCAUGGCUAGCAAGCCACGUAAGGUGGUGGACAUGGCCAAGGCAAUGACAGAACAAGAGAAGUUGCAAGCUAUGCUUCAAGCCACCGACGCACAAUGGCAACAAAAGCAAGAGGAAAUGUCACACGAGACCCGCGUUCCUAUGCAGGGAAAGCCCUUUAACAAAAAAGUGAAUAUCCCAGAGGGCGAGCCUCCCCACGGCUAUAUCUGUUAUCGUUGUGGCAAGAAAGGGCACUGGAUCCAAGCGUGUCCCACCAAUGAUGACGCUUCCUACGACAAUAAGAACCGGAUCAAACGGACGACUGGUAUUCCUCGGUCGAUGCUGAAGAAGAUCGAUCAAGCAGAUAUUGACAAGCUCGACGAUUCUCAAAGACAAAAUCUGAUGGUAAACGCCGAGGGAGAGUACGUCUUUGCGCAAGCGGAUGAAAAGGCAUGGAGAAAACACCUGGAACAGGUCCAGGCUGCCGAAGCGGCGCAGAGAAAAGAGCAAAUUGGCGACAAGGAGCUGCAAGAUCGAGGCUUGGAAUGCUCGAUUGACAAGCGCUUGUUUGUAGACCCAAUGAAGACACCUUGUUGUGGGAAGACAUAUUGUCACGUUUGUAUCGAAAAUGCAUUACUUGAAAACGAUCUCACAUGCCCUGGCUGUGAGACGGAGAAUAUCAGUCUCGAGCGUCUUGAGCCUGAUGAGGACAUGAAGAACAAAAUCAAAGAGUAUGAAGCAGAAAAGGCUGCCGAGAAGCAACGGUCUAGAAGUCCUACGGUGGCCGCCGAAUCACCAAAGGCCAAAGACUCUCCUCCACGCUCACGUUCGGGCUCUCGAGGUGGCUCUGCCACGCCUCAAUCGGCGAGCGGAUCAGCGAGAAAGCGCGGUGCGAGUGAAGUCGACGGAGCAACAUCUUCGGAUAGCCUCGCCGCCCCGGCCAUGAAGCGACAGAAGUCUGGAGACGCGGUGCCGUCAACACCAAAAGCGGCCGAUGCAGAGCUGAACGGUUCCAAAGAGAAGACUGCGACUCCUGAGAGUAAUAAUGUGCUGCCUGCAAACAUGAUGCCACCUGACUUGUCACAAAUGCAAUCAGGCAAUAACAUGACUAUGCCUAUGAUGCCUGGCUUCAACCCCAUGAUGAUGAAUCCGAUGAUGAUGGGUAUGGGCAUGCCGGGCAUGAAUGGAAUGAACGGGAUGAAUGCAAUGAACCCAAUGGGUUUCAUGAACCCCAUGAUGAAUGGCGUGAAUCCGGGAAACAUGGGUAACAUGAACAUGGGCAUGGGCAUGGGUAUGAACUUUGGGAAUCCAGGUUCAAUGCCGAAUUGGAACAACAUGAAUAUGAACAUGAACAUGAACCAGAAUCACACUCCCAAUCCCAAUAUGAACCAGAACCAACCUAACAACUUCAACCACAACAACAGUCGCCCCAAUCGCCCCCAAAACUUCCAUCAGCAGCCCAAACCGUCACCGCCCCAACAGCCAGCUGGAAUGACAGGAGUCCCGACCGGGCCCAAAGCGCUGAUGAACCAGAAUCAGAAUCAAGGUUUCUAUCCACCGUCUGGCCCAGCAGGAAAUAGAUUCUCAAACCAACAACGGCACGUAGGGAAUGAGGAAGACAAUGCGUAUAUGCGGCAGCCUGUCAAUCCCCACCGGCAUAUCAACCGGAAUCGCAAGCCACGACAGGCUGACUAUAGGGAACUGUGA